UUGCUUGCAGUCCUUACUAUUCUGUUAUAUACUGUCUUAUGUCAAUAUUGUCCCAACAGACUAAAAAUCACCGUCAAAAUGGCAGGAAAAUAUAGUCCAAUCUAUUUGAUUUCUGCAAUUGUCAUGGUUCUAUCGAUGAAUUCAUUAAAAGUUUUGGCAAACCCGGAUGAUUGGUACAACAUUGGACCUGGUUCCAAAGGCGCCAUUAAUAGAGUGGACGUAAUCCAGAAUCUACCCGAACCAGCCAACGARUCAUCUACGAUAAGUCAACCAGMUACACCAAUACAACCAACAAAACCAACUUCACCAUCUGCCCAAACUGUUCAGCCGGGUCAAGUAGAAMAGCCAAUUACACCAGGACUCCCGGGUACAUCGGGACAGUCAUCUACACCUGGAAUACCUGCCAAUGAACAAACAGCCGUACCAGCCCCAACUGUGAUAGCAGCAACUCCAGCUCUUGSUACUCCUGUUGCAGAAGCGAGCACAACAACGAACGAAUCAAAAGUCAUCACCAUGGCUGACUUUGUAGCGGUAGGCUGUUACCGAGACUCCUACAUGGAACCGCGUCCUCUCCCUAAACUAAUAGUCGAUCUUCGAGAUGAUAGCAAAAAUGCAUCAAAGAGGCAUGAAUUCAACAAUACUAUACUGGCCUGUGCACAAAAUGCCUUUAAAUUAGGCUUUGGUUUCUUUGGAAUCCAGUCAGAGGGAGAAUGUUGGAGUGGGGAUAACGCAGAGAAGACUUACAAGCGAGAUGGUGCAUCCAUCGACUGUCAUCAUGGAGUGGGACGAUCUGGAUCGAACUUUGUCUAUAAAUUYAUUGGUGCUUAUGCCAAACCYUGCAAAGACUGCGGUCCUCCACGAGCUAUGUGUUUUCCCGCUAGCGCAACAGUAAGUCUCAAAACAGGUGACGCCAUUUCCAUGGAUAAUUUGAACAUUGGCGACGAAAUCCAAACGUUGGAUCCACUGACGAACCAAAUUAUUCCCUCUGAAGUCAUAGCAUUUCUUCACAGAGAUGCAUCAAGAGGUUUAUAUCGUGUCAUAGAAGCUGAAGACGGUAUUAGGAUAGUACUGUCUGACAAGCAUUUAAURUACUCUGGGAAAACGAUUCAUUUCAUGAGGAUGAUAUCCGCCGAUGCAAUCAAACCUGGAGACUUUGUAAUAUCUGGUAAAAAGAYAUCUAAGGUAACUAAGGUCAAGACGAUGUACGGUAAUGGAAUAUAUGCUCCUAUGACACGGCAUGGCAGUAUGCUUGUGAAUGGUGUAUAUGUAUCAUGUUACGCUCACUGGAACUCACAUGAAGUAGCUCACCAAGUAAUGGCACCAUUGCGACUAUGGUAUGAUUUUUCAAAUGUAAUGACAAACAUUGCAUCAAGCGUUGGGAUUAUUAAGUCAAACCAGAGACGUUUUGUUGGUCAGGACAGUUUUCAAGGAAUACAUAUUUAUGCUGAUCUUCUCUUAAAACUGUUAAGAUACCUGCCRUCUAAUAUCUCCGAUAUGUUAAUGUAAAUGCUUUUUGUAGAAAAGAAAAAGAACAACAACAACAGAAAGACGGUGAACAGAUACAUUUUUGCGUCUAUUGUUUGUUGUAAUGCAUGCUAUCAUAUACAUACUGCACAAAGAUAUAUGUAUAGGAACAGACUUUUUAAUAAAAGGAAUGAA